AUGUCAAAAAAACAAACGGUUAAAAAAACAAUAGUACCAGCAAUGUUUACAAAAAAUCCUCCUCCUACUUCAACAACAACAACAACAACAGAGAAAGAAGAUAAAUCAAAAAAUGAUCGACUUAUUCCAUGGGUUGAAAAAUAUCGACCAAAAAAAGUUAGUGAUGUUGCUUAUCAAGAUGAAGUUGUUGCAGUACUUACAAAAUGUUUAGCUGGUAGUGAUUUUCCUAAUUUGUUAUUUUAUGGACCACCAGGUACUGGAAAAACAAGUACUAUUUUAGCAGCAGCUCAUGAACUAUUUGGACCUCAAUUAUUUCGUGAUCGAGUUAUGGAAUUGAAUUCAUCUGAUGAACGUGGUAUUAAUGUUAUACGUGAAAAAGUUAAAAAAUUUGCACAAUUUUCUGUUAUUACAACACGUUCUGAUGGUAUGUAUUGUCCACCAUUUAAAUUGAUUAUUCUUGAUGAAUGUGAUUCAAUGACAAAAGCAGCUCAAGCAGCUCUUCGUCGAACAAUGGAACGUGAAUCUAAAACAACAAGAUUUUGUUUAAUUUGUAAUUAUAUUAGCCGAAUAAUCGAUCCAAUAACAAGUCGUUGUGCAAAAUUUCGUUUUAAACCAUUAAAAGAUAAUAUUAUUGAAAAACGUUUACAGACUAUUUGUAAUAAUGAAAAUGUUCAAUAUGAACCAGAGGCAAUAACUGAAUUAGUGAAAUGUACUGAAGGUGAUAUGCGUAAAGCAGUAACAUUUUUACAAAGUGUUGCUCGUUUUCGUACAAAUAUGACAAUAACAGUAGCUGAUGUACAUGAAAUAACUGGUAUUAUUCCAGAGAGUGUUAUUGAAAAUCUUUAUCAAGUAUGUCAUUCUGGUUCAUAUGAAAAAUUGACAACAACAGUUAAGAAUGUAUUAUUAGAAGGUUAUGCAGCUCAUCAAUUAUUAUUACAAUUACAUGAUUAUAUUUUGGGACAAAUGGCAUUAGGUAAUGAACAAAAAGCAAUUAUUUUUGAAAAAGCAGCUAUUGUGGAUGGAUGUUUACUUGAUGGAGCUGAUGAAUAUUUACAAAUGAUGGAUUUUCUUUGUACGUUAUCUUCUGAUGACUAUGAUGAUUAUGAUGCACAACAACAAAUAGGAACAGAACCACUUGUUUUCUAUCGUCGACCACAAUCAACACAAACUGCUAUUGGUAGUAAUGCAAUUUUUUACUGUAGUUCAUCAUCAAGUCCAAUCAUAUGGUUUAAAAAUGAUACACCGAUAGGUGUUAGUUCAAAACAUAUGAUAACUAGUCAAUAUCUUCAAAUUGUAAAUGUUGAUGAAAAUGAUGAAGCAAUAUAUGCUUGUACGAUACGUAAUGCAGUUGAAAUGAAAACAGCAUCAGCAAAUUUAACUGUACUUUUUGCUCCUCGUUUCACUCCAUUACCGGAUACAUAUCGCGUUGGCUUAAAAAAUUUAUCUAUUGAAUUAUAUUGUCGAGUUCGUGCAAAUCCGAGACCUACAAUUACAUGGCAGAAAUCUCGUAUGUAUUUAAAUAUAUAUAUAUUUAUAUAUGCAAUUCUAGUAUCUAUUAUGAAAUUAGAUAUAACCAUCCGAUCAUCACAUCGUAUGCGGUUACUUAAUGAUAGUCAAAUUUUACGUAUAAAUAAAUUACGAAGUGAUGAUGCAGGCGUUUACACUUGUGUUGCAGAAAAUUCUCUUCGACGUAUAUCAGCAUCAACUGAUGUUCGUGUUGAAGAUCCUGUACCACCAUUGUUUUCUCGACGUAUGUCAAAUUUAACAACAUAUGAUGGUGCAUCAGUUGAACUCGAAUGUACAGCUACUGGAGAUCCACAACCAAAAAUUGAAUGGUUUCGAGAUAGUAUACCUGUUCAUUAUAGUGUUCAAUAUAUAUUAAAAGAAGAUGGUUCACUUUUACUUCCACGUGUCACUGCUAAUCAAUCCGGUUAUUAUACAUGUCAAGCAUCAAAUUAUGCUGGAAAAGAAAUUCAUUCAUUUUGGGUAACUGUUGUUAAUGAUAAUCAAAUAACUGAUGAACUUAUUGAUCGUCUUGUCCAACAAGCAUCAGCAGAAGUUAAUCGUGCAGUUGCAGAAACCGUACGUCAUUUACAAGAUCGUCGUCGACCACGAACACCAGGAGAUUUAAUGUCAUUAAUGAAAUUUCCUAAACCAUUACAAUUAACCUUAGCUAAAACAGAAGAUAUUUUUGAACGUGCACUUGAUCUUGUUCAUCGUUAUGUUGAUAAUAUUACAUUUGCAAGUGAAUAUUCAAGAAAUGAAAUUCGACCUAAUGAUUUUCGACCUGAUCAUUAUCUUACAGCUCGUCAAUUAGAACGUCUUGCACUUGUAGCUGGUUGUGUAGUGCAUCAAUUAAAUUCUCAUUGUAAUGAAAAAUGUAUGGCAUAUCGUACAGCCGAUGGUACAUGUAAUAAUUUAAAAAAUCCAUUUUGGGGUGCUUCAUUAACAGCUUUAACACGUUGGUUACAUGCACAAUAUGAAAAUGGUUUUAAUACACCACGUGGUUGGAAUGAAAGCAAAUUAUAUAAUGGUUAUGUAUUACCAUCAGCACGUGAAGUAUCAGCAAGAUUAAUAGCAACUAAAACUAUUACACCUGAUCCAGCUUUUUCUCAUAUGCUUAUGCAAUGGGGACAAUUUCAAGAUCAUGAUAUGUCAUUAACAGUACAAGCAACAAGUAAUACACGUUUUUCUGAUAGUCUUCGUUGUUUAUCAUCAUGUUCAUUUGAACCUCCAUGUUACCCUAUACGUGUUCCUGAUGAUGAUCAUUUGCGUGCAGAACGUGGUUCAUGUCUUGAAUUUGUACGAUCAGCUGCUAUAUGUUUAAGUGGUGAAACAUCAUUUCUUCAUUUACCAUAUCGACGUGAACAAAUUAAUUCUUUAACAUCAUUUUUCGAUGCAUCAAAUGUUUAUGGUUCGACUGUACAGGACGCUUGGGAUUUAAGAGAACGUAGUUCAGGAAAAGGUCUUCUUAGAAUUCAUACUACACCUCAAUAUCCAAAAGGAUUACUUCCAUUCAGUACUGAUACACCAGUUGACUGUCAACGUGAUCGACAAGCAUCACAAAUUGGUUGUUUUCUUGCAGGAGAUCAUCGAGUAAAUGAACAAGUUGCUUUAAUUGCAAUGCAUACUCUUUGGGUACGACAACAUAAUCGUUUAGCUAAACAACUCAGUUCAAUGAAUCCAAAUUGGUCGGAUGAACAAGUUUAUCAAGAAACAAGAAAAAUUGUUGAAGCACAAUUACAAAUUAUAACAUAUAAACAUUGGUUACCAUAUAUUGUCGGUGAUGAAGGUAUGAAUAUGCUUGGAUCAUAUAAAGGGUAUAGUCGAAAUGUUAAUCCAACAGUAUCCAAUGUAUUUGCUACUGCUGCAUUUCGUUUUGGUCAUGGUUUAAUUAAUCCAGUAUUUUAUCGUUUAAAUGCAAGUCUUGAACCAAUCUCUGAAGGAAAUCUUCUUCUUCGUGAUGCAUUUUUUUCUCCAUGGCGUGUUAAAGAACAAGGUGGUAUUGAUCCAUUAUUACGUGGAAUGUUUGGUGUAUCAGCUAAAAUAAAAUUACCUCAACAAAUUCUUAAUGUUGAAUUAACUGAACGUUUAUUUCAUGUCACACGUGCUAUAUCACUUGAUUUAGCUGCAGCAAAUAUUCAACGUAGUCGUGAUCAUGGUUUACAAACAUAUACAGCAUGGAGAAAAUUUUGUAAUUUAACACCAAAUGAUAUUAAUAAUUUUGAGGAUUUACGUCAUGAUAUAAGUGAUCAACAAACACGUGAUACAUUACGCGAUGUUUAUAAACAUGUUGAUAAUAUUGAUGUUUGGGUAGGUGGAAUACUUGAAGAUAAUUUACCUGGUGCAAAAGUUGGACCACUUUUUCGUUGUUUAAUUAUUAAACAAUUUAAAGCACUUAGAGAUGGAGAUAGAUAUUGGCAUGAAAAAUCUGGUAUAUUUACACCUCAACAAAUGAAUUCAUUAGAAAAAACUUCAUUAGCUAAAGUGCUUUGUGAAAAUGGAGAUCGUAUUGAACAAGUACCACGCAAUGUAUUUUUAAAUGCAAUGUAUCCACGUGAUUAUGUACCAUGUUCACAUAUAGAAGAUAUUGAUCUUGAACCAUGGCGUGGAUGUUGUAAUCAAAAUAUGGCUGGACCUAAUGCAGUUUGUAAUAUUCCGGCAAUACUUUCAUAUGAUCCCUUUCCUAAUUAUGAACCAUCCAGAUCUACUACUAAUGCACGACAAAAAAGAGAAAUUGUAGAACAAAAUCAACAAGAAGAAAUAGAAGAUGAAACAAUAACAAAAGAUGAUCAAUUAGAAUUAGAAAAACUUCGUCAACAAGUCGAUGAUGUUUUAAAGAAAUUUGCAACUUUUGAUAAACGUUUAACGACUGGUACACAUUGUUAUGAUCAAAAUACAAGAAAAUUACAUAAAAAUGGCACUAAAUGGCAUGUUCAUAAAUGUCUUGUUUGUCAAUGCAAAGAUGCAACAAGUUUAUGUGAAAUUAUCUGUUAA